AAAAAAAAAAGAAGCUUCGAAACUCUCACGUGCAUGGUACAACAGCCUGCGAUUAGAAGCUUCAGGUAGUGGGGCAUGGAUGGAAGGGAUAGUAAGGUGAGGGGGUGGCGGGUCUCCUGCGGUGAAACGGUGGUGGAUGGUUCACCGGACGACCGUCGUUGGGGCGCUGCAACCCGUCAGGACGUCAGUUUGCUGUCGUAUCGCGACACGGUCGGAUCUUAUUUCGUAAUCAUCACGUACACGUACGUACACGUAUACACGCGCGUAAGAAUUAUUCGUAAGAAUCACUUGUUUCGAAAUCGUAAUGGUUUUCUCGUGAUAAAUAAUCGAUAGUAAACGCGUAUUUAACGUGAAAUGACACUAAUCACGUGAUCGGUGAUUCGCGAUACGUAGUGGGAAAGGAUCGUUUAAUCUCUAGUUUCGAACGUUUUUUAUUCGCGAUUGACACGUUCGUUGAAUUUCAUGUGCAAGUGUUCGUGUUAAUUCGCUUAGAUUCUGUGUACAUAAGUUUCGUGUCUUCAUAAAAAUAAAAUAUAUACGAUUGAAGGACGUAUCCUCUCGAGUGUCACAAAAAAGAGCACAGUGUUAAAAAUAAAUCUUAUAUUGAAACUUGGAAGGUUAAGUGAUACGUUUGUUGACAUCUAUAACACUGUUGGAAAAUGUUAUUAUGUGGAAAUAAUUAUUAGAACGCAUAUUCACCAGCAAUAUUUGAUCGAGGAGAAAGAUUUGAAUUUUUGUUUCGCGUUAUAUCCACCGUAGCGUUGUGUGCGAUCGAGAAUCGAAGGUGCGCUGCAAUCGAUCUAUCGAUAGGAUCGAAAGUUGAAAUGUUCGUGAAAGAACGUCGAAUAUGCGAAACACGAGUGUACAGUUAAUCGACGCAUGUACGCGUAACCGUCAUGGGUCGUUAUCGAAAGAGUUUCAAUUAAAUUUCUCGUGAGAAAGGUCAAGUGCGCUGUUCAGUUUUCAGUUUUAAUUAAAAUACCCCUGAGAUUCCUCAUUGUCGUGCUUGUGUCUAAAAUUAAUUAACGAGGGGUAAAGACAACGGCAGAAGAAGGUGAACAAGCAAGAUUGUGACACGGCCAAAGUGCGAAGAAGGUAAUAAUAUAACCUAUAAAAAAUCAAUGGGCAUCGUGCGACAAUAGAAUUGACGGGAGUGUUUUCCGUUCGAACGAUUCGAUAUAUCGAUCGUGGAAAGGAUAGAAGAAAAAACAGUAUCGAUGUGUUUUCUGUGGUUGAAUUCGCGUGUGCGGCGGCUUAACAAGAGAGUUCGAUCAGAUUUUCGUUAAACGUUUUUUCGCGAGUGAGAAAUUGUGUUGCGUGCGGAAAGAGGACAUAAUCGUAGAAGGAUAAGUGAGAAAAAAAAUGGGAAAAAAGUGAGCAGCCUUUUCAACCUGUGACGUACCUACGACGGAGAGAUGAAAACGGCAUAGCAACGGCAAUAGCUCGUCCCAACGUCCAACGGGCACGUAUUAUGUGAGGUGAAACUUGCAACGAGGGAAACGAAGAUGUCCGCCAUCAGCGUGGCUGCAUGGCUGCUCAGCGCCGUCGCUUUCGCCGCGAUUAAUAACGGGGCGCAGUGCUACAGCAUGCUGCACGGAAGCGGCGGAAAGAAUAACAACGUUCAUCAGAACAGUCUGGAUGACAGCAGUACGCAAUACGGUCCGUACUUCGACAUGUCGAAUUCGAAGAACGUGACCACCAUCCUGGGCAAAACUACGUACUUGAAUUGCCGCGUGAAGAACUUAGGGAAUAAGACGAUGACGUUGCAGGUUUCCUGGGUCCGGCAUAGGGACGUCCAUCUGCUCACUAUCGGCCGUUACACGUACACGAACGACCAACGAUUCAGGCCGAUCCACAAUGCGCAGACGGACGACUGGACAUUAGAAAUCAAAUAUCCGCAGCUUCGGGACAGCGGUUAUUAUGAGUGUCAAGUAUCAACGACGCCGCACAUGAGUCAUAUCGUGUAUCUGGAUGUGAUCGAACCAAAAACUGAAAUUUUGGGUGCACCAGAUUUAUACAUCAAUCGAGGCAGCACAAUCAAUUUGACUUGUGUGGUUCUUCUAAGUCCAGAACCACCAGCCUUUAUAUUUUGGAAUCAUAAUGAUGCCAUAAUCACCUACGACCCAACCAGAGGCGGUGUAUCCGUGGUCACGGAGAAAGGAGACAUCACCAGGAGUUUCCUGCUCGUGCAGGAGGCGAAACCAUCGGAUUCUGGCCGAUACACUUGUAAUCCAAGCAACGCUCAACCAAAAUCAAUCACCGUUCACGUAUUGAAUGGAGAGUAUCCCGCGGCAAUGCAGCAUGGCGGUCAAGCCAAGCAACCAAGGCUCUACUCCCUCCUCCUCUGCCUGUGUCUGCUACUUUACUAACCGUUUCGUGAAAACGCUGCUCUUCCUUCCCCCUCGUGUGGAAAAACGGUGAACGAGA